AUGCACUCGUCCUGCCAUUCUGACUCAACCUGCAAUUCUCACCGCCAUCACCUCCCUGCCUUUCCAUCACACCUCCCUGCCUUUCCAUCACACCUCCCUGCCUUUCCAUCACACCUCCCUGCCUUUCCAUCACACCUCCCUGCCUUUCCAUCACACCUCCCUGCCUUUCCAUCACACCUCCCUGCCUUUCCAUCACACCUCCCUGCCUUUCCAUCACACCUCCCUGCCUUUCCAUCACACCUCCCUGCCUUUCCAUCACACCUCCCUGCCUUUCCAUCACACCUCCCUGCCUUUCCAUCACACCUCCCUGCCUUUCCAUCACACCUCCCUGCCUUUCCAUCACACCUCCCUGCCUUUCCAUCACACCUCCCUGCCUUUCCAUCACACCUCCCUGCCUUUCCAUCACACCUCCCUGCCUUUCCAUCACACCUCCCUGCCUUUCCAUCACACCUCCCUGCCUUUCCAUCACACCUCCCUGCCUUUCCAUCACACCUCCCUGCCUUUCCAUCACACCUCCCUGCCUUUCCAUCACACCUCCCUGCCUUUCCAUCACACCUCCCUGCCUUUCCAUCACACCUCCCUGCCUUUCCAUCACACCUCCCUGCCUUUCCAUCACACCUCCCUGCCUUUCCAUCACACCUCCCUGCCUUUCCAUCACACCUCCCUGCCUUUCCAUCACACCUCCCUGCCUUUCCAUCACACCUCCCUGCCUUUCCAUCACACCUCCCUGCCUUUCCAUCACACCUCCCUGCCUUUCCAUCACACCUCCCUGCCUUUCCAUCACACCUCCCUGCCUUUCCAUCACACCUCCCUGCCUUUCCAUCACACCUCCCUGCCUUUCCAUCACACCUCCCUGCCUUUCCAUCACACCUCCCUGCCUUUCCAUCACACCUCCCUGCCUUUCCAUCACACCUCCCUGCCUUUCCAUCACACCUCCCUGCCUUUCCAUCACACCUCCCUGCCUUUCCAUCACACCUCCCUGCCUUUCCAUCACACCUCCCUGCCUUUCCAUCACACCUCCCUGCCUUUCCAUCACACCUCCCUGCCUUUCCAUCACACCUCCCUGCCUUUCCAUCACACCUCCCUGCCUUUCCAUCACACCUCCCUGCCUUUCCAUCACACCUCCCUGCCUUUCCAUCACACCUCCCUGCCUUUCCAUCACACCUCCCUGCCUUUCCAUCACACCUCCCUGCCUUUCCAUCACACCUCCCUGCCUUUCCAUCACACCUCCCUGCCUUUCCAUCACACCUCCCUGCCUUUCCAUCACACCUCCCUGCCUUUCCAUCACACCUCCCUGCCUUUCCAUCACACCUCCCUGCCUUUCCAUCACACCUCCCUGCCUUUCCAUCACACCUCCCUGCCUUUCCAUCACACCUCCCUGCCUUUCCAUCACACCUCCCUGCCUUUCCAUCACACCUCCCUGCCUUUCCAUCACACCUCCCUGCCUUUCCAUCACACCUCCCUGCCUUUCCAUCACACCUCCCUGCCUUUCCAUCACACCUCCCUGCCUUUCCAUCACACCUCCCUGCCUUUCCAUCACACCUCCCUGCCUUUCCAUCACACCUCCCUGCCUUUCCAUCACACCUCCCUGCCUUUCCAUCACACCUCCCUGCCUUUCCAUCACACCUCCCUGCCUUUCCAUCACACCUCCCUGCCUUUCCAUCACACCUCCCUGCCUUUCCAUCACACCUCCCUGCCUUUCCAUCACACCUCCCUGCCUUUCCAUCACACCUCCCUGCCUUUCCAUCACACCUCCCUGCCUUUCCAUCACACCUCCCUGCCUUUCCAUCACACCUCCCUGCCUUUCCAUCACACCUCCCUGCCUUUCCAUCACACCUCCCUGCCUUUCCAUCACACCUCCCUGCCUUUCCAUCACACCUCCCUGCCUUUCCAUCACACCUCCCUGCCUUUCCAUCACACCUCCCUGCCUUUCCAUCACACCUCCCUGCCUUUCCAUCACACCUCCCUGCCUUUCCAUCACACCUCCCUGCCUUUCCAUCACACCUCCCUGCCUUUCCAUCACACCUCCCUGCCUUUCCAUCACACCUCCCUGCCUUUCCAUCACACCUCCCUGCCUUUCCAUCACACCUCCCUGCCUUUCCAUCACACCUCCCUGCCUUUCCAUCACACCUCCCUGCCUUUCCAUCACACCUCCCUGCCUUUCCAUCACACCUCCCUGCCUUUCCAUCACACCUCCCUGCCUUUCCAUCACACCUCCCUGCCUUUCCAUCACACCUCCCUGCCUUUCCAUCACACCUCCCUGCCUUUCCAUCACACCUCCCUGCCUUUCCAUCACACCUCCCUGCCUUUCCAUCACACCUCCCUGCCUUUCCAUCACACCUCCCUGCCUUUCCAUCACACCUCCCUGCCUUUCCAUCACACCUCCCUGCCUUUCCAUCACACCUCCCUGCCUUUCCAUCACACCUCCCUGCCUUUCCAUCACACCUCCCUGCCUUUCCAUCACACCUCCCUGCCUUUCCAUCACACCUCCCUGCCUUUCCAUCACACCUCCCUGCCUUUCCAUCACACCUCCCUGCCUUUCCAUCACACCUCCCUGCCUUUCCAUCACACCUCCCUGCCUUUCCAUCACACCUCCCUGCCUUUCCAUCACACCUCCCUGCCUUUCCAUCACACCUCCCUGCCUUUCCAUCACACCUCCCUGCCUUUCCAUCACACCUCCCUGCCUUUCCAUCACACCUCCCUGCCUUUCCAUCACACCUCCCUGCCUUUCCAUCACACCUCCCUGCCUUUCCAUCACACCUCCCUGCCUUUCCAUCACACCUCCCUGCCUUUCCAUCACACCUCCCUGCCUUUCCAUCACACCUCCCUGCCUUUCCAUCACACCUCCCUGCCUUUCCAUCACACCUCCCUGCCUUUCCAUCACACCUCCCUGCCUUUCCAUCACACCUCCCUGCCUUUCCAUCACACCUCCCUGCCUUUCCAUCACACCUCCCUGCCUUUCCAUCACACCUCCCUGCCUUUCCAUCACACCUCCCUGCCUUUCCAUCACACCUCCCUGCCUUUCCAUCACACCUCCCUGCCUUUCCAUCACACCUCCCUGCCUUUCCAUCACACCUCCCUGCCUUUCCAUCACACCUCCCUGCCUUUCCAUCACACCUCCCUGCCUUUCCAUCACACCUCCCUGCCUUUCCAUCACACCUCCCUGCCUUUCCAUCACACCUCCCUGCCUUUCCAUCACACCUCCCUGCCUUUCCAUCACACCUCCCUGCCUUUCCAUCACACCUCCCUGCCUUUCCAUCACACCUCCCUGCCUUUCCAUCACACCUCCCUGCCUUUCCAUCACACCUCCCUGCCUUUCCAUCACACCUCCCUGCCUUUCCAUCACACCUCCCUGCCUUUCCAUCACACCUCCCUGCCUUUCCAUCACACCUCCCUGCCUUUCCAUCACACCUCCCUGCCUUUCCAUCACACCUCCCUGCCUUUCCAUCACACCUCCCUGCCUUUCCAUCACACCUCCCUGCCUUUCCAUCACACCUCCCUGCCUUUCCAUCACACCUCCCUGCCUUUCCAUCACACCUCCCUGCCUUUCCAUCACACCUCCCUGCCUUUCCAUCACACCUCCCUGCCUUUCCAUCACACCUCCCUGCCUUUCCAUCACACCUCCCUGCCUUUCCAUCACACCUCCCUGCCUUUCCAUCACACCUCCCUGCCUUUCCAUCACACCUCCCUGCCUUUCCAUCACACCUCCCUGCCUUUCCAUCACACCUCCCUGCCUUUCCAUCACACCUCCCUGCCUUUCCAUCACACCUCCCUGCCUUUCCAUCACACCUCCCUGCCUUUCCAUCACACCUCCCUGCCUUUCCAUCACACCUCCCUGCCUUGCCUCCCAUGGGUAUAGGGCCCCAUUACUUACCGCUGUGA